AUGAUGACUUAUGAUGAAAUUCUGGGAAUCAUAUAUAUACAAGUAACUGGAGUUGGACUUCUAUGGAACUGUGUUGUCCUAUUCCUAAACAUCUAUAAUUUCCUCAUUGCUCAUAGGAUGAGACCUAAAAACCUAAUUAUCAGCCAUUUGACCUUUUCCAAUGCUAUAUUGCUUCUCUUUGGAGGAAUACCCAGUGCAACAAGGAUUUGGAGAAUGAAAUGUUUACUAGAAGAACUAGGGAUUAGAAUCAUAACAUAUAUUCAGACAAUGGGUCGAAGUCUCUCCCUUGGUAGCACCUGUCUCUUGAGUGCCUUCCAGGCCAUCACCAUUAGUCCCAACAACUCCAGAUGGGCACAGCUCAAAAUUAAAGCACAAAAAUACAUCACUUCGUGCAUUCUUCUAUGUUGGGUACUCAAUCUACUUUUAAGUGGGAUUGUAUUUUUCUGCCAAAUUAGCCCCCAAAAUAGUACAGACAGCGAGUAUGGAUGUAACACUGGAUAUAGGUCCCUAGAUAUGAAUAAUGAGAAUAACUUGAAAAUUAGAAUCUUUACAUGUUUCCAUGAUUCUUUGUUUCUGUGUCUCAUGACUUGUUCUAGUGUCUAUAUGGUUGUAAUACUGUACAGACACAAGAGAUAUGUCGAACAUAUUCAUAAUAGUCAAUCCACCAAAAUAUCAGCUGAAACCAGAGCCACUCAAGCUAUCCUACUUCUAGUGAGCACUUUUGUUUUGUUUAAUGUAUUCAGUCCAAUUUUUAUGCUGUAUAUGUCCUAUUUUAAAUACCCAAACACUCGGAUGAUACAUACCUCAGUCUUUCUUUCUUUGGGAUAUCCAACAGUCAGCCCUUUUCUUCUUAUUAGUGUUGAUAAACAGAUUACUGAGGCUUGUACAAACUCACUGAGAGACUGA